AUGUCUCGCGGUCGGUGCGUCGUUUUUUCACGCACGAACGUAGAAUUCGACUCGGGUUUCUUGAGACCCACGACGUCGAGUUCUGGACCCGGACAUUCUAAUGCAAAGACACCAAGGCACAAUCAGAGAGAGAAUUACGUUACUACAUCAUCCUACUUGCCGAGCACUUCUCGUCGUAGUGUAAGAUCGACGCCGCUCGGCACGUCCAGCGUGGAAUCCUGUGUGCUGAUUGCUUUAACUGCCGGCCGAGGUGACGCCAGGAACGAAGUCGGUUUGGCAGCGAUAGACAUUCAAUUCCCGUACUUGAUUCUCUGUCAGAUCAGCGAUUGUCAAACGUAUGUGAAUACCCUGACGAAGAUCAACGUCCUCGAUCCGAGAGAAAUAUUGAUGCCCGAAACGAUGUUCGAACAUCACGGCCGUGGGAACAAACUGUGCAAAUCGAUUAGAGAGAAAUUCCACGGGCUCAACAUCACGCCGAUCUCGCGGGUGCACUUCAACGAGUCGACCGGCAUGGAACGCGUGCGAACCUUAUGCGCCAGGGAAUACUCGACCGUGGAGCUGAUAGUGAAGCAAAAGUAUUACGCUUUAGCCGCCGCCGCCGCAUUGCUGAAGUACGUGGAGUACAUCCAGCACGUAGUUUACGCCCCGAAAUCGGUGAGGAUCGAGUUUCAAGGAUCGCCGAAUACCACGAUGAUUGAUAUAGAGAGUGCCCGUAGCCUCGAACUGGUCGACUCGCAGUCCAAGCAGUCCAUCGUCAGUUUGCUGGGCACGAUGAACCGCUGCUUGACCCCCAUGGGCAGAAGGCUCCUGCGCGCUUCCAUCCUUCAGCCUUCGUGCGACGAGCGUUUAAUCGCCGAUCGGCAGUCCUGUGUAGCGGAAUUGGUGGCGAAUCAUUCUCUGCGCAUCAGUCUUCAGCCGGUGGUACAACGCCUCUUCGGUACGGAUCGCUUGCUGACGUUGACGAUUAAACCACUGCCCGUCAACGACGUGCAAGAUGCGGAGCGAAAUCUAAAUUAUGCGCUGCUCCUAAAGAGCUGUCUGGACACGAUUCCGGAAUUGGAAGCGAUUCUCGCGACCGGCGUUCAUCCGUUCUUCGUAAAAACGCAAAAGAACUUAGGAAACUCAGAAUUCCGCGUUAUGAAGGAUAAGAUUUUGACGCUGAUACACGCGGACGCGAGAUUCGUCAAGGGAUGCACCUCCCUCAGUAUGCAGCGGUGUUUCGCUAUAAAAACCGAUAUCAACGAGCUGCUGGACAUCUCUCGGCAGGUUUAUUGCGAGUUGAUCAGCGACAUGAAGAAUAUUGUGGAGCAGUUGGCCGUGAAACACAAGCUUCCAUUGUCCUUAGAGUACAAUACAAAUUUGGGAUAUCAUAUAAACGCUGCCGUGCCACGGGGUUUAAACGUGACAAUGUCGGACUUACCGGCGGAAUUUAUUCAGGCACGGAAGAACAAGAAGUCCUUCACAAUGACAACGACGGCGCUAUUGACGUUGAAUAAACAAUGCAAGAAGGCUUGCGAUGAGAUUUACAUGAUGAGUAACACAUUGCUGACCAAUUUACUGGAGGACAUUCGACAACACGUCGGCUGUUUGUUUCAACUGAGCGCCGACGUGGCGGAGCUGGAUUUGAUCUUAUCCUUGGCGGAAAUCAGCUCUAAUGCGGAAUACGUGAGACCGUCAUUCGGAGCGAAAUUAGAAUUGAUAAACUCGUUACAUCCCAUUAUGGAAUUAUUUAACAGGGAUCUUCCCGUGGCUAAUGACGUGAACGCUUCGGCCACGCAUAAUUUUCAUCUGAUAACUGGACCGAAUAUGAGCGGCAAGUCUACGUACUUGAAACAGAUUGUUCUACUUCAAAUCAUGGCGCAGAUCGGUUCCUACGUACCGGCGAAGAAGGCAACGUUUCGCAUUGCAGAUCGCAUACUUUGUAGGAUCAGCUCUCGCGAUGACGCCGAGCUCAAUGCAUCCGCCUACGUCCUCGAGAUGAAAGAGGCACAAUACAUUCUGCAAUCCGUCACGCCCAAGUCUCUCGUCGUAUUGGACGAGCUAUGCAGGCAUACCACGGUCGAGGAAGGUUCCGCCAUCGCUUGGGCGAUAUGCGAGAAAUUAUCACUGACGACCGCGUUUACGUUCGCAGCGACGCACUUUUUGCAUCUCACCGCGCUGAGCAAUAUGUAUCAUAACGUGACAACCCAUUGCUUCGAGACGAAAACCACGGAGCCGGUAGAAUCGAACGAGCUACAUCUGAUAUAUACUCAUAAACUAAAUCCCGGGACCGGGCCUACAGAUCACUACGGGAUCGCUCUAGCGGAAGUGUCCUCUCUACCGAAAUGCGUUACGACCAAGGCGCGAGAGUUCGCGUCUCAGCAGUCGGUCAGCGCGCAAAACAAUAACCUCGGAUCCGUCGCGAAUUCGCAGUCGUGGGAGAAAUCGUGUUACGACGCGGUCGUUCAGUUACGCGCGCUAUUGGAGGAUAACCGUUUCACUUUCGCAAAUAUAAUAAGUGUCAUGAAGCAAUUGGAUCUGAGCAAGCAAAGCGAGCGAACGAAGGGAACGCAGGUUCCAGCAGGAAAAUCCCCGAACGUCGCGCCGAAACGUAAUGAGGAACGUGAGAGGACACGUGAGGGAGACGAGAAUCAUGUUGUCGCGUCGAAUCACGAUGUGCCAAUGGUGACGAAUGACGACGUAUUGUUGUCAGAACGGGCGGCUAAAGAUCACGAGCAAAAGGUGAACGAAGCGCGGGACGAGCCGAUGGAGACGGAAAUCGAUGAGAGCGACGAUCGCAGGACGGACGCGCCGAUUCACGAGGUCGUGCAGGUAGAUCGAACAGCGUCCUCGUCGUCGAAGAUGAUCGUCGGAAGUCCGUCGUCGAUCGUCAAUCUAGUCGCCACCCCGUCGUCGCUGUUGAGCGAUGUCCCGCCGCUCCACGUUCGCACAUCGUUCGCGAUGACGAGCACCCCGAAAACGACGUUGUCACGCUACAAGAUCACGAGUCCGGAAACGAGCUUCGCCGCGGGCACGACGGUCGCGGCCUCGCCAUGCAAUUCCAUCCAGUCGUUCCAGUAUUACGACUAUUGCCUGUCCGAGGGAGAAUUCGACAUCUUCACGCAGCCGUCGCAGCAGUCGAUCUCGAGCGAGGUGGCGCGGAUGACCGCGCGGUCGAAGGAGGCGCGGAUCUUUCGGCAGAUCGAGGGCGACGGCUUCGACGAGGAGAGCUUCUUCAGCGACGCGCAGCAAGUGCAGUCACUGAUGGAACUGGAUCUUAUCGCGGACUAUGACGUGGCGAUGUAAAUCGACGUAAAAAUAAACGCGUUUUGUCAUACUAUGUUAAUUCAUUCUCGUUUAUAUAUAAAGACACGAUAAUAAAGGUUUAUUGAAAUGACGCUCGUCUCGUUUUAUCAUCGUGUCUGCGAUAGAUAAGGAAGCACGCCGCGGCCCGCGCGCGUGCCGCUUGCCGCCGAAUUCACAUCAGCGAGCCGCGAACAUAUGAGUUGCGCGAGACGGAGACGGCCUCGCAUCAAACUUGGAAAAUUGGACAAGACGCGAAAUUUGACAGCUCCGUUUUCGAGAGAGGAGAGACGCGCAAAAUUGCAGGGUCGAUUGCAGCUUCGCGGCGUAAUGAGAGCGAAGGGGCGAUAAUGAGCUUCGAACGGUCGUCGACGGUUGUUCUCGAUAUCGCGAAAUCGAAGUGUAAAGGUUAAAC